GCCAUGGAUAACCACAGGAAGGCGGCCGACGCCGCCGGGGCUAGCAGCGUCGGGGACGACAUCGUGGAGAUGGCGUCCGUGGGGCCUGCGCGGUUAGCAGAGUCCGAGUUCGUGGUGCCGUCUCAGCCAGCCGCCUUCGACAACGACGACGUCGUGGAGAUCACCCUGCUCGACGUGCGCGACGACUCGGUGGUGGCGGUGCACGGCGUUCAGCCGGCGGCCGGUGGGGACGACUCGCCGGUCGCCGCCAGCACGGGCCCUCGUGGUGGCGGCAGCGCGGCCCCCCGCGCCGACAGGUCCCUGUUCGGCUCUGUGCACAGGCUCAAGGGGCUCAACUUCGUCAGAGGCGGUGCCGGCGCCGACUGGGCCGCCGUCGAGAAGCGAUUCAACCACCUCCAGGUCGACGACCACCUCUUUUCCUACGCUUUCGGCAGGUGCAUCGGUAUUAAGGGAUCGGAGGAGUUUGCCCACCAGCUGUUCCACGCGCUGGCGCGGCGGCGGGGCAUCUGCGGCAACAGUAUCACCAAGGCGGAGCUGCGCCAGUUCUGGGACCAAAUCUCCAACACCAGCGCGGAGAUCCGCCUCCAGACCUUCUUCGACAUGGUGGUGAAGAACACAGAUGGAAGGAUCACCGAGGAGGAUGUCAAAGAGAUCAUCGCACUGAGCGCGUCAUCCAACAAGUUGUCGAAGAUCAUGGAGCAUGCGGACGACUAUGCUUAUCUGAUCAUGGAGGAGCUAGACCCAAGCAACAUGGGGUACAUCAGGCAGGAAAACCUGGAGAUGCUGCUGCUUCAGGCGCCGAGCCAGUCAGUCAGCCAGACGCUGAGAGAGAGCCUCCGCCCCGCCGCAGAGCCCAAUCCACUCCGGCGGUGGUAUCGCAGCACCCAGUACUUCCUCGAGGACAACUGGAAGCGCGUCUGGGUGGUGCUCAUGUGGCUCUCCAUCUGCACGGGGCUCUUCACCUGGAAGUUCGUGCAGUACCGGCGCCGGUACGUGUUUGAGGUGAUGGGGCAUUGCAUAUGCGUCGCCAAGGGUGGUGCCGAGACGCUCAAGUUCAACAUGGCACUCAUCCUGCUACCCGUGUGCCGGAACACCAUCACUUGGAUCCGCAACCUCACCUUCGUCACUCGAGUCGUGCCACUCGACGAUAACAACCUCAUCAACUUCCACGAGGUGGUCGCCGUGGGGAUCGCCGUCGGCGUGGGACUGCACAUCCUCCCACACCUGACCUGCAACUUCCCACGGUUGCUCCACGCCGCUGACGCCCAGUACGCGCCACUGGCGCAGUACUUCAGCACAAGCCGCAACUGGAGGCCGCCGAGCUACUGGUGGUUCCUGAGGGGCACGGAGGGGUGGACGGGGCUCACGAUGCUGGUACUCAUGGUGAUCGUGUUCACGCUCGCUUUGCCAUCUUUACGCCGUGGUAGGAUCUGGCGUCUCAGACGCCUAACGGGGUUCAACGCGUUCUGGUACUCACACCACCUGUUCGUUGUCGUCUAUACAUUACUCAUCGUGCACGGGCACUUCCUGUAUCUCACAAAAAAGUGGUACAAGAAGUCCACUUGGAUGUACUUGGCUAUGCCGAUGGUGCUGUACGCGUGUGAGCGGCUGGCGCGGGUGGUCCGAUCUACCAUGCUGCCAGUGAAGAUACUCAAGGUGGUGGUAUACCCGGGGAACGUGCUGUCUCUGCACUUCUCAAAGCCCCAGGGGUUCCGGUACGAGAGCGGCCAGUACAUCUUCAUCAACUGCCCUGCUGUUUCGCCAUUGCAGUGGCACCCAUUCUACAUCACGUCGGCCCCGCAGGAUAACUACGUGAGCAUCCACAGCAGGACGCUUGGCGACUGGACCCGCGAACUCAAAAGCAACUUCGCAACGCUAUGUCGGCCACCAAUGGAGGGGGAGAGUGGGCUGCUCCGGGCGGAGUACAACUGCAAUGCUGGCGCCAUGUUGAACCCAAGAUUUCCCAAGGUGCUGAUCGACGGCCCAUACGCCUCGUCGUCGCAGGACUACAAAAAGUACGAAGUCGUGCUCCUCAUCGGCCUUGGCAUCGGUGCUACAGCCUUGAUCUCCAUCAUCAAGGACACCAUCAAUAACAUGAAGCAGCUCGAUGCCGACCUUGAAUAUGGAGCAGCCAGCAACUAUUCGGUAUCAUUGACAUCAUUCCGCACGCGGCGCAUCUACUUCUACUGGAUAACCCGGGAGCAAGGAUCCUCCGAGUGGUUCCGCGACGUUAUGGAUGAGGUGGCGGAGACAGACAAGAAAGGCGUUAUCGAGUUACACAGCUACUUCACCAGUAUCUAUGAGGAGGGCGAUGCACGGUCGGCGCUCAUCGCCGCGCUCCAGUCCCUCAACUAUGCCAAGAAUGGCAUCGACAUCGUCUCCGGCACCCGUGUCAAGACCCACUUCGCACGACCCAACUGGUGCAACGUCUACAAACGUAUCGCCCUCAAUCACCGCGAUCAACGUGUCGGAGUGUUCUACUGUGGUGCCCCUGUGUUGGAAGAGGAGCUGCGUGAUCUCGCACGUGAUUUCUCAAGAAAAACCACCACAAAGUUUGAUUUCCACAAGGAGUAUAUCUAAUUUGAGCAACCAACUGGCAUCAAGAAGUUUACACAUGACGAGUUGAACACAUACCGUAAUAUAUACGUGUGUCUGAAAUGGAGUUGAUCAAAUGAAGUAUGUAUUUGCUUGACUAGUUGGGUCAAAAUUUCAUCCGUUUUGGCUCUAGAAGACGAAUAGCCAUUGUACAUAUUUUAUACACAUUGUCUCCCCUGUACUGGACUAUUUUCUCAAGUAGGAAUGAUAGAGAGUUUGAUGGCCUAUUCAUCA